AUGUCCUUUGGUAAAUGCCUGGCGCUCAGCCAGAACUCUUUUGUCCGGCCUCCAGGCGACAACGAGGGCCAAUCCGACAAGCCUGUGACUAGGCGCCAGAAGCGUCAAGCAACCGUCUAUGAUGCUGUCGCUGGUCGUGUGAACGCUCAUGGUUUCAUUCCUUCGGCUGCUUAUGCUUCGAAGUACCGGGAUACCGCGUCCUCUAGUUUUCAACCGGUUCGUCCAGAGGAAGUCUUGUUUCGUCGGAAAAAUGCACCAGUACGCUACGAAGAAAACGACUUUUACUUCGCCCAUGAGUCCCUUCCACCCAAUCGUCCCCUCCCGAGCUCCGAAUUACUCGAAGCGAUCCACGCCUACUCGGCUGAAUUCUACGAUAAUGCGACGAUUGACCGUGGUCAGAUCGAUUACAAAAGCAUGGAUGAGACAGCUCUGAUAGCGAUGGGGAUUAUGAUUGAGGAAAUGGCCCGAGAAUCGCUCGGUGAAACCGGUGACCUGGUAUUGGUCGAAGGGGAAGAGGUUCCUAGCGAUGACAAUGGUGAUCAAUUGGCCCCGAAAAUCGGAAGGGUAGGCCGCAAAAGAGCAAACACGCAGGGGAGCAUGCUAGCUAGCUCUGGCGAUGACCUAGACAGCGUGGUAAAGAGGAAGCCGUCAAAGAAACGCAGAUUGACCCGCAGAGCCUCCACGACCGUUAUAGACACUGAAAUUGAGGAGAAGCGGUGA